CCUAGCUACUGUCCCACCUCCAAUUCACUCCACACAACCGAACUUGAUAACUCCGUCAUCAAGCUAAUACCAACACCCAUUUGCAGCUCUGUCAAGCAACCAACCGACAAUCCACCAAACCACCCAAGAUGUACCGACAGGCUCUCACGAAGGUCGCUCUCCGCGGCACCGCUGUUCCAGUGACCAGCCGAGCAUUCUCAGUCACAGCCCGUGUCAGCUCUGCCGGCGACACCGGUGCGCCUCCCAAGACUGGUGGUCAAGGUGACGCCUUCCAGCGCCGCGAAAAGGCCAAUGAGGACUACGCCAUCAAGUUGCGCGAGAAGGAGAAGCUCUUGGAGCUGAAGAAGAAGCUCGGCGAGCAGCAAGCCCACCUGAAACAGCUGAGCGACCACAUUGACGAGUUGACGAAGGAGCAAGGAGGUGAGCACAACUAGAACAUUGAUGAUACGGGUACAGGCAUAUUGUAGGACUGGUGCGUGGCGGACGCAGAAAUAACUGCGGGACAUUUUCGCCUAUACCAAGUGUAGUUGGCCUGUUACCCUCUUUAGUGUACAUAAUAAAUCAGUCCAUGCUUUGAACAAGGAAAAAUUAGACAGCG